UCAUCCGGGUAGUUGUGAUGACACGAAUUAUGACCCUUUUAGCGUAGAAAACAUGGCGGAGUCCUCCUUUGGGAGCUCGAGCCCAGCAGGAGAUUCAGCUGGCUCUGACGACCAUGAGUUUGAUCCUUCGGUUGAGAUGCUCAUUCAUGAUUACGAUGAUGAACGAACUCUUGAAGAGGAGGAGAUGCUAGAGGGAGAAACAAACUUCAGCACAGAGAUUGAUGACCUUGCUCGAGAGGGAGAAAUGCCCAUUCAAGAGCUGUUGAGUAUAUAUGGCUAUGGUGGUGGUUCUGCUGAGGAGGAAGAGGAUGAGGAUGAUGCUGAGAUUGAGGAGGACGAGGAAGAAGAAGAGGAAUAUGUGGAAAAUGAUGAGAACAGCAGAAGUACCGGAGAAUUGAAAAGGAAUAUGGAUGAGAGAGUGAAGGAUUCCUCUGGGCAGGAAGAUGAGACUCAGUCCUCUAAUGAUGACCAAACUCCAUUUGUCACUUCACAUGAUACUGCUGAGUUGAUCCGCCCACGACGGUGCAAGUACUUUGAAAGUAAUGAUGCUGAAGAGGAAUCUGAGGAGGACGAAGAUUAUAUUCCCUCUGAAGACUGGAAAAAGGAGAUCAUGGUGGGCUCUAUGUAUCAGGCUGAAACGCCUUCAGGGCUGUGCAGAUACAAAGACAAUGAGAAAGUGUAUGAGAAUGAUGAUCAGUUAUUGUGGAACCCAGAAUUGCUUCCUGAAAAUGAAGUGGUGGAGUUUUUGACCGAAGCCUCUAAACGUACUGGUGAGGAAAAGGGAGUAGAUGCCAUUCCAGAGGGUUCCCACAUAAAAGACAAUGAGCAGGCCCUUUAUGAAUUGGUGAAGUGCAAUUUUAAUACUGAUGAAGCUUUAAGAAGACUAAGAUUUAAUGUAAAAGCUGCCAGAGAAGAACUGUCAGUGUGGACAGAGGAGGAAUGUAGAAAUUUUGAACAAGGACUAAAAGCUUAUGGAAAAGAUUUUCAUUUAAUACAAGCAAACAAGGUGAGAACUAGAUCUGUAGGAGAAUGUGUGGCCUUUUAUUACAUGUGGAAGAAAUCUGAGCGUUAUGAUUUCUUUGCACAGCAAACCAGACUUGGGAAAAGGAAAUAUAAUCUUCACCCAGGUGUAACGGAUUAUAUGGACCGGUUGUUGGAUGAGACAGAGAGCGCUGCCUCCAGCCGGGCAGCCUCUCCCCCUCCCACUACCUCUAACAGUAGCACCAGCCACUCUGAGAAAGAUGACAGCAGCAACCAGAAUGGCAUAGCAUGUCACAGCACUGGUGAAUCCCCGUCCGUUGCGGUCGAUGUGAAAUGCGAAGGGGCACAGACGAACGGAACCUGUCCACACCCGGGAGAGCCCCGGCUCCCGCUCCGACUCCGGCUCCGGCUCCGGCUCCGGACAGAGACACUAAACGGCUGCAGCGAGCCUCUGAGUGACGGCAGGAAGGACUCUGACGAGCCAGAAUGUUUGGCAGACAGGAGGACUCGGGCUGCGAAAAGCCCCUGAAGAGGCACAGAGCGGAGAGCGACUCGCAGGGGGAGGCGGACCCCCCCCGGCUAGCAGCGGCGGCAGGGCUGAGGACGCGUGACCCCGCCCCCUGCGGAGGCCGCAUCACACCGGGGCUGGGAGAAGGGCGGGCUGAUUGUAUGGAGUAUGCGCCCACCGUCCUCCACUUUUAUAUCCCAAAGUCAUGCGUCUUCUAGAACUUGACAAGACGCAUAAUUUCCUUACGAGUGACCUAUCAAAAAUUUUAAGAAAUGUAUUUCCUAUUUGUUUUACAAAUGGUCGGUUCAUAUUUUUGUAAGCGAAAGAUAUUUAUAUUUUUAUGCAAAGUAUGGUAGUAGAUAUUCUUAAGCCAUUUAACAAGGGGUGAGUGUUUGGCGAACAGCGGUCUCCAUGGCGAGGGGGAUGCUGGAGCUUUACAGGCACACGGUGUUGCACUUUUCUAUUUUUUGUUUUGAAUCUGAGCGUAGUACCUCUGCUACAUGUCAUCAAAGCAAAUAAACCUGAGAUUCCAGGAAGCCUUACCAAGCACCCUUUGUUUCUUAUAGGAAAGAAAUGAGCUGCCAUGGUUCGUUUGUGUGAUGCUGACAUCAGUGAUGUCCUCCUGUAUAUUACUGAUUAUGGGACAGUUAAAGUACAAACUGUAUUUUUCCCACAUACUUUGUAGACUUUCUUUCUUUCUUUUAUAGAAAACUCUUAUUGAGUUUGUGUCUAAAGUUUGUAUAGAUUUCUCAUCUUGUACAGUUCAUAUACUUGAUUACCUGAAAGCGAAUAUAUUCAGAUCUGAGUCUUUCGGCAUUUACUUCCUGCUUACAAGUUCUUUUUCAUGUUGCCCUGCAAAUGGACCUUAAAAUGUGCUGACAAGUUUUAACAUUCCGUGAUGGGUUAAGCAACAUUUUUGUGUUUUUUUUUUUUUCUUUUUUAUGUGUAUGUGCAUUGGACAAAACUAUUUGGCCAUUUAUUUGUGCUUUAUUUGUGGACUGCUAAUGACUCCAUGAAAUGUGUGGACGUGGCUCGGUGCAAUAUCUCCCAUUGAUCCAGAAGUGCUGCAGAGUGCAGGUUCUGUGAGGUGGGAAACUAUUCACUGUGCAAGUUGUUAACAUUGCUGCUGUGUAUCCAGCUCAUGUGUGGUUGUUUAUUGGUCACCACUAGUCACCCAGGCCAGAAGUACCCGACACUCGAGCGCACUAUUGCCUCACAAGGCUUUGUACUCUGAAGACGCUGUUUCAAGAAGUUAGUUUGUUGCUGUCUGGAUGUUUUCAAAAUGGUGUAUUUUGUAGUGCUUUAACCUGCAUUCACAAAUACUUUGUGUUUAAUAUGCAGUUUGCGUCAAAGCUUUAGUCCCUCAAAUAAUGCUGACUUCUCAUCCUCUUUCUCUCCAGUAAAAGGUUUUUUCCUUUUUCAAAAGCUGAAGUGUCUUUUUUCCAUUUUGAAUGUGAAUUUACAAAGUAGGCUCUUGAUCAUUUUAGUAACUGUGAUAAUAUUUAAAUGAAUAAAUAUUAAUAGUAAUCAAGCUCUUGUUAAUUGUGCAUUUUCAUUUGUUUUAAGCCUGGAGGAACAGAUGAGGACAAGUGAAUGUCAGCUGAGCUUCAACAGUGUUAAUUAUGCAUUAGAAGGUGCAGUAUAUAUUUUUUUAAAACACUUUGUUCAUCUUUGGUUAAAUUUCCUUCACAUUCCAACAGAUAUAAAUAAAUUAUAAGCUCUAAGAAAAAAUAUCCCGUCUUUGACUGUCCCAGCCUCUGAAAUCAGCCACUAAAUUUCACCGCGCCUGAAUCUUAACACCAAUCGGGACAGCUGUCUGCAAGGAGGCCAGUCAGGACAGCUCUCCACCUGUCCAUCAUGUCGCAAGUUUACGGAGUAAGCUACACAGUUAAGAGCAGAGAUGGUGCUUUAGGUAACUAGAAUGGCAGAGAAAAAUGUUCUGAAAUUAAUGGUUCCACCUUUGACUGCGAUGGCGUCUACUGAUUAAAAAAGGAAAGAAAGAUAAGAUAUACUUAUAUUGAACCCCGUGGGGUAAUUUUUCCUCUGCAUUUGACCCAUCCUAGUUACUUAGGAGCAGUGGGCAGCCAUAGUGCAGUGCCCGGGGACCAACACCACUUCUGAGGCCAGUGCCUUGGUCAAGGGCAACUGCAGGAGCGCACCUAACAUGCAUGUCUUUGAGUGUGGGAGGAAACCGGAGUACCCGGAGUAAACCCACGUGAACACGGGGAGAACAUGCAAAUUCCACGCAGAGAGGAUCCGGUCGGACCUGGAUUUGAACCCAGAACCGAACCCGGAACCUCCUUGCGAGGCAACAGCGCUAAAGAAAGACUGUCAAAGGAUUAUGACCAAAAAGGCAUUGACGAGAGCAAGGCGAGCCUCGAGACAUUCCGUUCGGCUUUUCAGCGACUGCGAGAGCUCAGGGACUCGAAGGGGUUCAGAUGCAACGCUGAGUUGACAGGUAAUUAUGUUAUCUUGCUUGUUCUAUUUCUGUCUAAAUUUGUUGUCAUAGCUAGAAAAUGUCAAGUUAGUUAACUGAUGUACUUAGCACAGUUUACAUUAGCUAUAGCUAUGCUGCAUGUUAGGUGUUAUAGCUCACCUGUAGCUAGCUAGCCAUGCUGUU